UAUGUAUGACCCACUAUCGCUAUAGCACACGUCUCUGCUUAGGUCGGUUGAAACUUGAAAGAAGCUACUGGAAAUUGAGAAAAUUUAGAAAAUGGAAAGGGUGGAAAAAGUAGAGCUCAUACAGAAAGCCAUAGAGCAGUUAAUAGAACAAGAAGAACAAGUCCAAUCCAAAAGACGUCAGCUUCUUGAAGAGAGCUUUGUCGCCGUUGAUAAUACCAUCAACAAAGAUGAUGAAGGUGAAAAGGAAGCCGAGCACCGCCACCAACUCCUCUCCCAACUUUUAACUCAGCUAGAAUCACUGAAAGAAGAUAGCCCACUUGAUCAAAUGAGUCAAUCAACCAACUUAGAAGAAAUUCCAUCAGAUGAUGUAGACAGAGAAAAAGAAGAAAAUGUUGUAAAAGAACUAAGGAAGAUUCAGAAGCAGAACUUUGUCACUCAUUGCCUUUUAUCAGCUAUGAUAGUCCUCACCUUAACAUGGCAACUAUCCGAGGUCUCUCUCAUUUUGAAAAUGAAAGAUGGAUUAAAUCAUCCUCUUAGAUCCAUUGGUAGUAUGGUAACAAGCUGGAUUAAGCGCCCCCCACCUCCAUUAAACGUUCAAGAAGGCGAUUUAAACGACUCCGCCAAGCAGCUAAAACAUAAGGUGGAGGCUAUGUCUCUCCCAAAGCUAAAAGUUCCUGAGCUUCCUCAUGUGGAGUUGCCAUCUUUGGACUUUAUCACUGAAGAUGACUAGUAUUUUCUUUUUGAUUUUUUUUUUUUUUUUUUUUUUUUUUUUUUUUUUUUUUUUUUUUUUUUUUUGCAUUAUUUCAAUACAGUAACUUGUGCAUGUAAUAGCUUGUAUAUUGUACAAUGUAAGGGCAUAAAGUUUUGGAUGGAUUAACUGUGAAGCAAAAGUACUUUAUCA